GAGAUCUCGCGAUGCGAAAACCGGAGGAAGGCUGAGGACAGGAAAAACAUUCGGAAGAUGAGUCGUUGUUUGAUAAAACCGAAUCAAAAUACUCAAGUCUCAUGAAGGCUGAAGUGUGGUUGGAGAAAGACUACAAGUCCCAGAGACGCCCUCAAAGCUCUCCAGCCAUCUGAAGCUUUCACCUGUCACCCUCACUAACCCCUCACACAACUUCAAAGAUGUGAAUUCUGGGACCAUCUGCGUCCACAAUACCUGUCCUAGUCGAGGACGCCCCCACCUGUGACUCCCAGUUCCGACGUCAAUGUCCCCACCCUACGCACAGAGCCCCUCCCCCUCACGCUGGGCCAGUGACUCGCCCCUAGUCCGUCCCUGAGAGAGAGAGGACUCUGCUCUCGGCCCCUCCUCCCUCCUCCACCAUGUUGUUCUCCCUGCGUGAGCUGGUUCAGUGGCUGGGCUUCGCCACCUUUGAGCUCUUCCUCCACCUGUGCGCUCUGCUGGUGUUCAGCGUGCUGGUGGCCCUCCGUGCCGACCUGUUCGCCCCCGCCAUGAGCUGGUGGCUCGUCUUCGUGCCUCUGUUCGCCGCCGACGGCCUCAGCACCUACUUCACGGCCAUCGUAUCCAUCCGCCUGUACCAGGAGAACGAGAAGCGUCUGGCGGUGCUGAGGCUGCUGUGGGUGCUGACGGUGCUGAGCCUGAAGCUGGUGUGUGAGGUGCUGCUGUGUCAGAAGCUGGCGGAGCAGGAGAAGGCCAGGGAGCUGUGGUUCGGCCUCAUCGUGUCGCCGCUCUUCAUCCUCCUGCAGCUGCUCAUGAUCAGGGCCUGCCGCGUCAACUGACGCCCUGGGGGGGGGGGGGGG